AUGAGCACAUUCAGUUCGACCGGAUAUGCAGGUCUGGCUGCAUUGUGCGAGUUCCGGGAGGAGGUCGGCGACCGGAGCCCGCAGCGCCGGCACGUCUACGGGCCCUGCGCAGAAUUCCAGGCCGGACAACUGGUUUCGAGUAACGGACACCACCAGCACCCGCGGAAAACAGUUCCAAUAGGGCCUACCGCCCUCGCGCUACUUUUUCAUUUGUACGGGCUCGUUCACUACCGUGACGUCUGCGUGUGCUCUCCCCAAUGGCCCGCGGUGCGAGCAAUCGCGUCACGUCACGCAACCGGCGCCCGACGCGACGCCCGCACCUCGGCCAUCAAUGGACAACACGCCGGUGCCGAUACGAGUGCACUUAUCGACAAUUUCGGAGGCGUGCGUUUAUCGACGGUGAAACGGAAAGUUUCGUCGAUAACGCGGCUCGUACCUAGUGAUUGGAAGAAAAUGACGCUUCACUUGGCGGCGGCGCCGGCGAGAACC